GUAAUCAGCUGAUUGGUAAUGUCAUUUUUAUUGACAAAGCGUUUGGAAAAUUUUGACAAUUGUGGAAAAUAAUACCCGGUUACAGUUUACGUUUACGAGCAUUAUUUUUUCUUUAAUUAAAACUAUGAGUUUUAUAUCGAAAUUAGGACCAGUUAUACGAGCUAAUAAAACUAAAGAUUUAAUACCGGUGACUAUAGGAAUAUCUAAAUUUAGAUUAGUUCGAUUUCAGUCGAGCGAAAGAGAAAAAGGGUUAACUCAAAGUCAAGGAAGAGGUGAAAGAACCGAUGUAUCUACCGACGUACGGCCUCUUGGGGAGAAAAUAAAAGAAACAACUAAAACAGUUUCUUACACUGGAAUUAUCGUAGUCGGAGUCGGAGUAACUGGAAUCAUAUUUUAUUAUGUCUUCCGUGAAUUAUUCUCCAGCAAUAGUCCGAAUAGUAUUUACUCAGUGGCUCUAGAAAAAUGUAAAAAUGAUCCUAGAGUAGAAGAUGCUCUUGGCUCUCCAAUAAAGGGCUAUGGAGAGGAAACUACAAGGAGAAGAAGGACGCAUGUUAGUCAUGCUGUGUAUGAAAAAGACGGUGUCAAGCAUAUGAGAAUGAGGUUCUACAUAAAAGGUGUUAGAAACAAGGGAGUUGUUGAAUUGGAUAUGAAACAGAAUGAAUAUGGAAACUAUCAAUGUAGAUAUUUGCUGGUUCAACUAGAUGACUAUAGUGGUAAGACAUUUAUUAUUGAGGACAAUCGUGCGGAGCUAGAUCACAGCAAAUCAGAUUUUGGAAGUGCUCUACCAACAUUAACACUAACACAAUAAUCUUAAGGUUUGUUUGAUUGCUAUAAUGUACAUUAUUUAGAUAAGUAUGAUUGAUGUAAAUAAAAAUAAACUGACCGUUUAUUAAAGUUUUAUUAUUA